CAACCGUGUCAACACGCUGCUCUAGCCGGAGUUAGCAGUAAUGAUAAUGAGUGUAACCGAGGAAAAUAAGAAACUUCGCCGAAAUUACAAUAUAAAUUAGAAAGGAAUUAUGAGCAUGCACAAUGAGGUUAUGGUGUACGUCCGCAUCAGGCCCACAACACAAUUUGCCCAAGAGCUCAUGGAAGUCAUGCCCGACAAACAGACGGUGAAUGUACGGCUGAGAAAGAAUGGCAGGAAAGGUGUUUUAAAUAAUCAGAUGAGCUCUUGGUCUUUUCGGCUCAAUGGCAUCAUGCACAAUGUAUCACAAGAAGCCGUCUACGCCCAGGUCGCGCGCAGUGUGGUGCUUGGAGCUCUGGAGGGUUACAAUGGAACGGUUAUGUGCUUUGGGCAGACUGGGGCUGGAAAGACCUUCACAAUAACGGGCGCCACUGAGAGUUACAAACAACGAGGCAUCAUCCCUCGUGCCAUACAGGAGGUGUUUCAUGAGAUCAGCAACCGUGUAGACCACACCUUCUCUGUGCGCCUGUCCUUUCUGGAGAUUUACAACGAGACGUUGGUGGACCUGCUAGCAUCUGUAAAAGGCGGACAGAAAAAGCACUGUGGAACCUUAGCCGUGGUGGAAGAGCCAGAAGGUGGGGUUUCAGUAAAGGGCCUGUCCUUACAUCCAGUGCACAGAGAAGAAGAGGCACUAAACUUGCUAUUUGAGGGAGAGAUGAGUAAAAUAAUAGGGGAAAAUGCACUCAAUAAGAACUCGUCCCGGUCACAUUGCAUCUUUACUCUCUACAUUGAGUCCCGCUCUCGGACACUGUCAAAUGCAACGUAUGUCACGUCCAAACUCAACCUGGUGGACCUCGCUGGCUCUGAGAGGCUGAGCAAAACUGGGUCGGAGGGUCAGGUACAGAAAGAGGCCCUGUACAUUAACAGAUCUCUGUCCUUCCUGGAGCAGGCCAUCUUGGCCUUGGCUGACAGACGCAGAGAGCACGUGCCCUUCAGACAAAGCAAGCUGACGCACGCUCUUAAAGAUUCUCUCGGUGGAAAUUGUAACACAGUGCUGGUGGCCAACAUUUACGGUGAAGAGGGACAGAUCGAUGAGACGCUCUCCACUCUCCGCUUUGCUGCCAGGAUGAAGUGUGUGUGCACCGAGCCAGCUCUCAACAAGCACAUCGACCCUGUGCUCCAGGUCGAAACACUGCAAAAGGAAAUCCAACUUCUGAAGCAGGAGCUUUCCUUUCAGAACACACUGGCCAAUCGGGCAGCUGAGACAUACGAGGACCUGUCAGAAACGCAGGUAGCGCUGAUAAGGAGUGAGGUUCACAGAUAUCUGGCUGGCACUCUGGAUGAAAUCACGAUCGCCAGCAUUCGGCAAAUCCACGCAGUUUUUGCCCAGUUUAAAAAGGCUUACCAAGAACAGGAAAAGCAUCUUGAAAAGCAGAUAAGUCCGAAGUUAAUUGCAGUGGGGAACACUCAGAGCACACGUUUUUCCUCUGCUGAUAAAGAGCUUAUGGAGGAGGUGGGGUAUGAAAACAGACUCACUGUGCCUGCAUCAUCACAGAGACAGUCUGCGUCACCCGGCCGAAGCAAAGCCAAGAAGAUCAAAGAGAGCAGCAGAAAAAACGGUCAAGGUAGCACAGGCCUGAGUGAGGAUCUCACCAUCAUGCAGAGCGAGACGGAGACACUCAAUCCUCCUAAUGUGUCCGAGAGGAAGGAGUAUGCCGACGGUGCUCCGAAGAGAUGCGACACUCCUCCAUCUAAGAUGGAAGCAUUUGAGAUCUACAAGUCAGAAAAGGGCCAUGAAAUCGACCAAAUCCUGAAAGGAAACAAAUCUGUACUGAAAGAACGUCUGGAAAAACAGCACGACCUCACAGGGAUCAUCAACUCAAUUAAACGGGACAUUGACCGCAUGACCUCUGAACUCCAGCUGUGUAAAGAACAGAGGCAGAAUCAGGGCCAGUUAUUAAGUGCAGAAGGGGAGCCUGUACUGGAUGAGGCUGAGGUAACUCUACUUCUAAAACUCAGAGAGGCCAAGGAUCAGUACAGGCAAAACUAUAAAGAGCUGCUCGGCACCAGAGCCGAGGUGCAAUACUGCAGACAUCUUGUGGACCAGUGCCGCGUGCGCCUGUUCACUGAGUUUGAGAGCUGGUACAAUGAGUCCUUUCUGCUACCUGAUGAGGUUCUAUCCAUCUUCAAAGAUGGACCUAUUGGACCAGGUUUAGUUCCUGUGGAUAAAGCUUUGGCUUUGCAGAGAAAUGGCCAGGAAAGUACCAAGUUGCAGGCAGACAGUCCCAGCGCCACAUCCUUUUACAACGCAUACAACAGGACAGUACUGAGGGUGAGAGACACACACACAGAAAACAACUGUACUGCAGUGAGGCAGAUUUAUCUUCAGAACACCACCAUUUAACUGUGCAUGGCCCUAAACGAACUGAACACUGAUGUGGUGUUGUCUUUGCAGAAAGCACCUCAUUUUAGUGUUUCCAGGAGCAACAUGCGAUCUGACACAAACAAGCUACCAUGACAUGCAACGGUCACCCAGAGAGGGCUCUGACAUCACCACUACAUAGUGCCUUGCCCAAACAACCGGUGUUUACUUCCACGCCUUAAGAUUAAGAUUUGAUUAUUUACGACAUGAACUUCACAGCACAGUGAAAUGAUUUUGUUUGCAUAUCUCAGUUAUGAAGAUGGGGUCAGAGUGCAGGGUCAACAAGGACACAGCCAAGAGCCUUAAGCGUAGGGCGGAGGUUUCGAACUGUAUUAAAUGGAGACAUUAAUAUAUAAUCUCAGAUUUGAGAUGGUGCUGAACUUUAAAGGAAGACUGGAGGUUAUGACUCAAUAAAAGCAAUGCAAAAUUA